AUGUCCAGAGCCAUCUCUUUGACUAGCCGUGGAGAGCCUAUCCAGCGUGAGCAGCUGUUCGAAUACACCAACGGCCGAUUUCUGGUCAAUGAGAAGCACGAGGUCUCAAAACGCUAUGUCAAGUUUGACCUCGAGGCUCUCUGUACGGUAGUUUCGUCGUUGCCCUCCGUGGGUUCGCCGAUAUCCACUAUCGAUAAACUGGAGGGCGGCUUCAGCAAAGCAUUGCUGAUGACAGCUGAAAAUGGAAAAGAAGUUAUUACGAAGAUACCGUGUCCUAGUAUUGUGCCCGCUGAGUACAGUACUGCAUCCGAAGCAGCCUCCUUGGAAUACGGUAAGGUCUUAAGGUCUCAGACCUCUGUUCCAGUUUCCAAAGUCCUUGCCUGGAGCUCUGACUCUUCGAAUCCUGUUGGGGCAGAGUACACUGUGAUGGAGAAAAUCAACGGGAGGCAAUUGGUUGAUGUGUGGGGUGAGAUGGGCCAGCUGCAGCAGUUCAAGCUGAUUCAAAACCUGGUUCAGCUGGAAAGCCAGUUGGCUUCGCUGGAGUUUCCUGGUUAUGGAAAUCUGUAUUUCCGACACUUCGCUAAGCACGGAAGUCAACAGAUCCCUAUAGAUGACGAUUAUUGCAUUGGCCCCGCCUAUCAUGCCUCGUGGUUUCCACAGUCUGGCACCCACAAUCAUGCUGGCCCAUGGGCAAAUCUCUCAGACCUCUGUCUUGCGUUGGCUAAUCGAGGCCUUGCGCAUGUGCAGCAUUCGACGCUCGUUCCCCGAGGACCCCAUUUCGGCACUAGACUCGAACACAUUCACAUUUUGGAAACCGCUAUGGAAGUCAUACCGAAGCUAGUUGGUUAUGUUCAACGUUUCUCCAGACCAACGCUGUGGCAUGGGGACCUCCAUCUAGGUAACAUAUUUGUCUGCAACAAGGACCCUACGAGAAUCGUCGGCAUAAUAGACUGGCAGUUUGUGUCAAUAAUGCCUGCAUUCAUGCAAGUUCAGUGGCCGUCCUUCAUCAGGCCUCCUGAAAACUACGAAACUGGGAUUGUCAAGCCAGGCCUACCGCCAAACUUUGACGAGAUGGACGCGGACGAGAAAGGGUUUGCGGUGACAGAGAGAGAUCGAGCUUUACUAUCGAAAUGCUACGAGGCGGCUCUUGCUAAGAACCACCUGCAAUCUUACUUGGCUCUGACUCGAGUCAACACUCUCGCACGGGACUUACUCUCCUUGGCCGAAAACACAUGGAAGCACGGCAUAAUCCCGCUCCGUGAGUCUCUGGUCCAGAUAUCCGAAAACUGGCGCCGAAUAGGUCUUGCUGGACCUUGUCCGUAUCAACUCACAGAUGACGAUUUAUCAAGACACAGGGUUGAGCUUUCUCGGUACAGGGAUUGGCACAAACUAAAAGAGUAUACACAGGAGUUGUUACAUUCAGAUGAUGACGGCUGGGUACCGCCCCAUCUUGACUUUGACAAAGUGCAAGCACGACACGCCGAACUAUUUAAACUUUAUAUGCGGAAAGAGUCCGAAGAGUGGAAUGCGUGGAACUGGGCGGCCGCAUUAUUGACUUGGCUGCUGGUAGAAGGGCAUGUGAACGAAGCUCGAACAUAA